ACCAAUCACCAUGCCAUUACAGGCUUCAGAGGGAGCUGUUUAUGUGACUCCAGCGCUAAUUAGGCUCAUGAACUAACAAAUCGCUUGCACAACUGGUGAGGAACCGAUCACAUCCAUGGAUUGUCUGGCGCAGUUGACCACCUUUAUGGCUAUUUGUUGAUUUGUUGUUACUUUGGCUUCUAUUCUUGCUGCAUUCUUCGUUCCAAAGUUAUUUAUGCUGACAAACUUUCUCGGUGUGGAGUAGUAACCUAUUUUUUUUUACGAAGAACGCCUGCACCUCUUAAACUCUAAGCUGGGGAAUUUUGACUAUCAAACCAUGUUUCAACCGACACCGAAGAGGUGUUUUACUAUAGAAUCGUUGGUAGCGAAGGAUAAUCCUCUACCAGUGUCGAGGUCUGAGGAGCCCAUACGACCAGCAGCUCUGAGCUAUGCAAACUCCAGCCAGAUGAAUCCAUUUCUGAACGGGUUUCAUUCCAGCGGCAGGGGCGUCUACUCUAAUCCGGACUUGGUGUUCGCUGAGGCGGUCUCACAUCAGAACAACUCCGGUGUCCCAGUUCAUUCGGUACCACCUCCACACGCGUUGGCUCACCCACUUUCAUCCUCACAUAGUCCGCACCAUCUUUUUGCCAGCCAGCAAAGGGACCCCUCAACUUUUUACCCAUGGCUAAUACAUAGAUAUAGGUACUUGGGUCACAGAUUCCAAGGUAACGAAACAAGCCCGGAGAGCUUCCUUUUGCACAAUGCACUGGCCAGAAAGCCCAAAAGAAUUCGGACAGCUUUUUCCCCUUCCCAACUUCUGCGGCUUGAGCACGCAUUUGAAAAAAAUCAUUACGUCGUAGGUGCCGAACGAAAACAGCUUGCGCACACCCUUAGCCUCACAGAAACUCAGGUAAAAGUGUGGUUUCAGAACCGAAGAACCAAGUUCAAGCGUCAAAAGUUGGAGGAGGAGGGUUCAGAUUCGCAACAGAAGAAGAAGGGGACCCAUCACAUAAACCGAUGGAGACUCGCAACUAAACAAGGAUCGGGAAGCCCGGAGGAAAUUGAUGUAACUUCAGACGAUUAAAAUACGAAAUUGUUUGAACCUGGGACAGCCGUGUGACGUGAAGGAAGACAUGGCUAAGGAUGAUGUGUACAGAGAGGCAGAGAGAGGGUAAAGCCAAUGUCACAUUUCGAUUCUUCGGAGAUCGGCAGCUGAGGGUGAGAGAUCCGAUUGGUGGCACUGCUGUCACUACCAUGGGUCUGUCAAACCAUAUCAAAUUGCCCAGGCAAAAGUGAUUGACAGUAUCGUAGUCCACCUACCUGACCACCUUCCACGCAUCAA